UAUGAGUCAACAUCCUGUCAGUUUCAUUCAUGCACAGUGUGUGUUACUGUUCAUAGCAGCAAGUGGUAAAAUAUUUUGUUUGUAUUGUAGUAGCGCCUGAUUUAUGACACAUAUUUACACAGAAAUUUCUUCUACUAUUGGACCUGUAGUUAAAACUUUGAGGAAGAACUUUGGGAAAAUAUGGCGACUGCUUCAACAGAAACGGAACAUGUGAAGAUUGUCCUUCUGGGUGGAAGAUGGGGAGGAAAAAGUUCCUGUGGAAACACCAUCCUGAAUAAGGAGGUGUUUGGAAUCGGUGAACAAACAGAAGUCUGCAUGAUGGAUACGAAUAAGAUUGCAGGCAUGCAGGUCACUGUGGUAGACACACCAAGUUGGAACUGGGUUCCUGCAGAAGCCUCUUCAGAUGAACUUAAGCAGGAACUCAAGCGCAGUGUUGAGAUGCUCGGCGUAGGUCCCCAUGUCUUUCUACUGGUUUAUCCAUUAGGGGCUCCGUUUUUGAAGAGACACAAAAUUGCCGUGGAAGAGCACUUGGCGCUUUUGGGUACUGAUGUCUGGGACCACACUAUGGCCUUGUUCUCUCGGGGAGAUUGGUUAGGAGAGGUCACUAUUGAGCAGCAUAUCGAAGGAGCAAAAGCAGAAUUCAAGUGGUUGGUGGAUCAGUGUGAGAAUAGGUAUCAUGUUCUCAAUAAUAAGGUGAAGACUGAUGAGAUGCAGGUCAUUGAACUCCUGGAAAAGAUCCAAAGGAUGACUCGAGUAAAAAGAAAGAGAAGCAAGCUCGAACCACCUUUACUGGCUGGAGAAACAGCUGAAUACGGAGAAACCUCAGGCAUUCAGAAGAAACCUAAAUGAAUCUGACAGGAUGCAACGGGUGAUAUGUGUUUUAUUUAUGUAUCUAUACAAGUUGUUUCUUUUUUUUCAAAUGCUUUUUGACAUUUUGGUGAGAAUAUAUUUUCCUAACAGGGUUUUUUUCUAUGGAUUUUCUGUAAACUUUUCUGCAAUACUGUACUGUCUGAAAAACUAUACUGUAAAUAUUCAAAGAGGUCCAAGAAUGACCCUGAGAUGACUUAAGCUAAACAUCAUGGAGCAUCAUUCAGAAGAGUUACCAUGAUUUUCUGUCAAAAGAAAUGUUUGUACUAUCAUAUGUCAUAUGCUGGAACAAGCUUCGAUAAAUGUUUAUGUAGGUUGCUAUUAAACCAGCAGUCAUAAAUGCUCAGUGUAGAUCGUACGUAGCCUUAUGAGGUCCAUGCCUAAGAACAAUGCAUGUUUAGAUUAAUGUUGCAUCAAGUUGUAGGGUGCUAAGCAGUGCAGAAGCGAUCCGAGUUAACUUUACUACUGAGUGUAAUUCUUGCUCAUAGUGAUUUGUGAUCUUUUGUCCAUUUAUAUACAAUGAAACCUUGGCAUUCGAAUACCCCCCCUUUUCACCUUAAGAAUUGAAAUUUUGCAAGAAAUUUGCAUCGGCAUACCAAGCAUUUUCAGCAUAGGAACGAACCUAACCGAACGCCGGCUAAGUUGCACGUACGUCCUGGAGCUGUUCAAAACUUGUUUGCGUCAGUGGAAAGCCAAGAGAAGCCAACCGAAGUGAGUUUAGGAAUUUUACGAGUGUUUUCAGUCAAUGAAAGCUGUUUGAAAAGAGUCAUCCCAUGAUACCAAUGUUGCCUUCGGCAUGUGUUCAAAAGCUAGGUGAUUUUUCGGGUGUUUUUUUGUUGACAGAUUGGUGGCGUGGUCUAUUCUAUUUUUAGCCCAAGCUUGGUGGCACGACUUCCUGUCAGGAGACUUGACACGGAAUGCUUGGCUUGGGUCAGUUCUUUGUAAGCAGAUAUACAGUUUACAUACGCUUCAUAUUGGAAAUAUUGGUCAUAUUUUUGGGUGGCUGGAAUUUACAUUAUUUCUUAUGGGAAAAUUCGUUUUGCAAUACAAAUUUUCACCUUAAGAGCGAAUUAAAUUCGUAUGCCGAGGUUCCACUGUAUUGCGUUUUAUACAAAUGAUAUUUGUACCAUUUGACAUGUUGACAGAUUGCCUCACAAACAAAACUGUGCAGCAUAACAGUGUUAAGCUACCAGAGUAAGUAUUAAUCUUUCUUGUUCACAACAAGCUGGUACUAAUCUGAUACUUGGGUACUGUUAGUUUUUUGUUGGAAAUCCUGUAAAAGAUAUUGUAUGUAAUACAGUUAAAACCGGGUUUAAUAGAAAAUUUCAAAACCGAAAGGAUUAUAUGACUACCUAACAGUGCAUGUUUACAUAAAAUGAUGGAUUAUUAUUAUUAUUAUUAUUAUUAUUAUAUUUCAGAAUUACUAGUAUUUUAAAGUAUGUAGUAUUUGGGACAGACUCUACCAUAAUGUAUCUUUAUUUAUCUAUGCAAGAUUUCAGAAUUGUAUAGUGUGUUUAAAUGUAUUAUAUACACUAUACUGCCCAAAUAUUUGUGCCUCCACCUGACCAUCACAUCUCCAAACGAUUGCCACAAACAUUAGAAGCAAACAUUUGUACAGUAUUUCUUUAUAUGCUGUGUAGCAUUACAGUUUUUUGCUUUACUUGAACUAAGAGGACCUAAUCUGUUGACUACACAUCAGAUCUUCUUACUCGACAUCACUGACUGACCUCACUAAUGUUAUUGUAGGUGAAUGAAUGAAUAGCCACGCUCCAAAAUCUAGUGUAAAUCCUUCCCAGGAGAGUGGAGGCUGUUACCACAAGUCCAUGUUAAUGCCCAUGGUUUUGGAAUGAGAUGUUCAACAAGCUCAUAUGGAUGUGAUGGUCAGGUAUCCAUGUACGUUUUGCAGUAUAGACAAUAUAAAAAUAAGAAUGUGUACCAUGCUGAAUAUCUACUUGAACAAACAAACAGUGUAUAAAAUCCUGUGUGUCCAUUGUAUCAGAUGACAACUCUUUUCCUCAGAAGCCAGAAAAUGGAGUUUCCUCCUGUUUUGUUGUGUCCAUGUUGAGCAUUGAGUGUAUUUGUCAUGUUCCACUCCACAGUGGAGGUUAAUAUGAAGCUUAUAUGAAAGUAGACACUCAGGAAUUUAUAGCGUUUCGUAAGUAUUUUUGUUUUCCCUAGCCUACUAGGGGUGAUAUAUUCAAAGUAAAUGUUGAUAUCAAACCCAUUUCUCCUGCCUGAGACGCUCCAAGUGCUUGUUCAUCUAAAAAGCAGCUCAAAUUUAUAUCUUCAACCACUAGACUCGAGUGUACUAGUAAAAAGAAUUAAGAAGUAAAGAUUGGAUGGAGCACUAACAAGUCAUGUUUUCUAGUAUGCACUUUGUUGAAUGUUAAAGUGAAAACUCUCACAAUUGUACCUUAAGAACUAAUUACUAAUAAUGUAGAAUUCAUAGGAUAACAAAUAGAAAUUGAUGCUUGAUUUGUGAGUCGAGGAAGUAGGUCUUAGUAUCAUGUAAAUCCUACCAAACAACAUCUGUCUGAAAUGUGUAUGUCAGAAAGAAAUACACUGUAUUGCCAAACGUUUUGGGACGCCUGCCUUUACAUGCACAUGAAUGUAAUAUGGAGUCGUCACGCCCUUUGCAGCUAUAACAGCUUCAACUCUUCUGGGAAGGCUUUCCACAAGGAUUAGGAGUGUGUUAUGGGAAUUUUUGACUUCAUUCCUCUAGAUGCGCAUUUGUGAGGUCAGGCACUGAUGUUGGAUGAGAAGGCCUGGCUCGCAGUCCAAAAGGUGUUCUAUCGGGUUGAGGUCAGGACUCUGUUCAGGCCAGUCAAGUUCUUCUUCCACACCUUGCUUUGUGCACUGGUGUGCAGUCAUGUUGGAACAGGAAGCGGUCAUCCCCAAACUGUUUCCACAAAGUUUUGAGCAUGAAAUUGUCCAAAAUGUCCUGGUAUGCUGAAGCAUUAAGAGUUCCUUUCACUGGAACUAAGGAGCCAAACACAACCCCUGAAAAAUACCUGCAUUCAAUGAUUUGCAGGGGUGUCCCAAAAUGUUUGGCAACAUAGUGUAAAUCACUUUGGUAUUUUCUAUUAAGAAAAUAAUCAAUGUUGCGCUGGUGCAGUGAAGCCCAAUGUGAAGCAGAGAUACUGUAAGCAAUGUUCAAUACAUCCUAAUGAGAUUUAUUCCUCUUUUAUUACAGGAAUUUCUCAUUGGUUAUAUUUGUUAUUAAUUAUACAGUGACAUGUCGUGUUGUUUAUCUGUUUAUAGUUUACAGAUAAUACUGUGGACAUCUGCAAAACAUGGUAACAUCUAUGAAACAAAGUAGUUCAUGGUUUUUUUGGAUUUGGGCAGAAAGUACCUGGCAUUUAUUUCACAUUUAUUAAUUAGUAUACACUUCUGUUUUUCAGCUUGUAAAUUGAACCAGUCCCACUGGGAAGAUAUAACCAGAUAUCACGUGCACCAUAUUUACUUAAAAUAAACGGUGAACCAAGUGUUACUUACUUCGAAAGAAUCUUGAAUUCAUAAAUGCAUCACUUUCUCUGCACUUUUGUUGUUUUGUGUUUUAAUUAUGAUGCACAUGCCAUAUUUAGUCUAAAUAUCCAUGCAAUAAGCCCAAUUUUUUUAUCCUCCAGGAUUGAAUAUGUUCUGUGCCUACACAUUUCAUAAAGCUCCAUCGAGCGCUGCUACAUCUUCAUUUUAAAAAUGACACGAAUUAUCUGCCAGUGCAAAAUGACACUGCCAUGUCAUCCUCAUUAGUCACAUCGUUGUAUAAAAAAGCGCUAUUGAAACUAAAGUGUCACGUUAUUCAGACUUUUACUCUACCCAGAGCAUAUAUAUAUAUAUAUAUAUAUAUAUA